AUGUCAAAUUUUGCUCAUCCUCAGGCCAACAUCAAUAACAACCGUGAAAAUAGAACUGUAUUUGCAUACGCGAGGGAUGAUUUUGUAAUUGUGUCAGUGCAAUUAGGGCACGCUUCCAGUAGGGUUAAACCUAAGUUCUGCUCCGAAUCCACCUUUCUGCGGUUGUGGAUUCUCGCUCCCAAUCUCCGCCACACACUCUUCUCUGCGUUCGGAGACGUUUGGCAUCAGAAGAUGUCGGGCGGUUUCUUUCGAGUUAGUAUAGCGACGCCUUUGAGCUUGGAAUUAACUUUUUCGCCUGGCACAUCUGCGGACCAGGACACUCGGUUUUCGAAUAAGCAAGCGAAGCUGAUGAAAUCACAGAAGUUUCCACCGGAAUUGGAGCAUCUGGUGGACAUGACGAAGGUGAAUAUGGAAGUAAUUAAGCCGUGGAUCACCAGAAGGGUGACCGAGCUUCUUGGUUUCGAGGACGAAGUGCUUAUUAACUUCAUACACAGUCUUCUGGAUGCUAAGGAAGUGAAUGGAAAGGAAGUUCAAAUACAAAUUACUGGAUUUAUGGAAAAAAACACUGGAAAGUUCAUGAAAGAACUUUGGACACUUCUUCUCAGUGCACAGAAAAAUGCCAGUGGUGUUCCUCAGCAGUUCUUGGAUGCCAAGGAAGAAGAACUUCUGAAGAAGAAGGCUGAAAACGACAAGAUAGCCAGUGAAAUUCAGAGGAAAAAGGAUAAGGAAGGUAGAGAGAUCAUGGAAGAGAGGUUGAAGAAAAUGGACGGUGGAUUUGAUUCCAAGGAUAAUGAUACUGCAUCAGCUCCAACAUCAAAGCCCAGGGAUUCAGGGUAUGAUCGGGAUGGGAAAGAACCUGACAAGAGGAAUGGUUUCAGGGCAAGGAGCAGUUUCCACUUCACCUCAUCGAGGCUCACCUACAAGGUCAAUGAGCAAAUCAUUUUCAAAUUCCCGAAGUUAUUCAGGUGGUAG